AUGGUGGCAGGCCUUCGCGUUGCUCUUCGAGAUGCGGGAGGCGAAGCUGAACCCCAACGUCAUCAGCUACAACACUGGGAUCAGCGCAUGUGCGACAGACGAGCAAUGGCAUCGGGCCGUGUCACUCCUGAGCGAUAUGCGGGAGACGAAGGUAGAGCCCGAUGUCAUUGGCUACAGCGCUGCGAUCAGCGCUUGUGGGCAAGGCGAACAAUGGCAGCGUUCCAUAUCGCUGUUCAGCGAGAUGCGCGAAGCGAAGUUGAAGCCCGAUGUCGUCAGCUUCAACGCAGGGAUCAACGCGUGCGCGAAAGGCGAGCAGUGGCAGCAGGCCUUGCGGCUGCUGGGCAAGAUGCGGGAGGCGAAGUUGAAGCCCAACGUCUCAGCUACAACGCUGGGGUCAACGCGUGCGAGAAAAGCGAGCAGUGGCAGCCGGCCCUAUCGCUGUUGAGCGAGAUGAGGGAGGCGAAGUUGGAUCCCGACGUCGUCAGCUACAACGCCGGGAUCAGCGCAUGCGAGAAAGGCAAGCAAUGGCAGCGGGCUGUAUUGUUGCUCAGCAACAUUUCGGAGGCGAAGCUGGAUCCCGACGUCUUCAGCUACAGCGCUGCGAUCAGCGCGUGCGAGAAAGGCAACAUUUGGCAGCGGGCUCUUGCGCUACUGACUGAAAUGUCGGAGGUGAAGGUCAAGCCCAACAUCAUCAGCUACAACGCAGGUAUCAGCGCUUACGAGCAAAGCGGACAGUGGCAGCGUGCCCUGUCCCUGCUCAGCGAGAUGUGGGAGGAAAAAUUGGAGCCCGACAUCAUCAGCUGCAAUUCUGCAGCCAGCGCGUGCGUUAAAGGCAGGCAGUGGCAGCGAGCUCAUUCCCUGUUCAGCGAGAUGUUGGCGGCGAAGCUCGAGCCCACAGUCAUCAGUUACAACAUUGGGAUCAGUGCAUGCGAGAACAGCGAGCAGUGGCAGCGGGCACUUUCGCUGCUGGCCGAGAUGUGGCAGGCGAAUGUUGAGCGCGACGUCGUCAGCUACACCGCUGGGAUCAGCGCGUGCGGGAAAGCGACACAGUGGCAGUGGGUUUUGGUGCUGAUCGGCGAAAUGUUGGAGGCGAAAUGGGGGCCCGACGUCAUCAGCUACAGCGCUGCGAUCACGUCGUGCCACCAGGGCAACCACUGGCAGCGAACCCUGUGGCUGCUGAGCGAUAUGUUGGCGGCAAAGUUGAAGCCCAGUGUCAUCG